AUGCUUAGAUGCUUGAUCUAUGCAGAAAAGCAAAGAGGAUUAUUGGCUCCAUUAACAGUUGAAAGCCCAAGCCACCCAUAUGAUACUAACAUGAAUUUAGAUCAAGAAAUCAGAAUUCCUGGAGCUAAAAAGCUCUUUUUUGUGUUUGAUCCACAAUGUAAGACUAAAAAUUAUGGAGAACCUUUAACAUUCUAUAUGAGCCCAGGAAGAGUUGAUGAAAUCAGAAGCUUUUCAGGAGGAGAUAAAAGGCUCUGGACUCCAUUCGAAGUUGAAGGAGAAGUUGUUUAUUUACAUUUCCAGUCUGCUAAAUCAGGUAGCUUAUGGGGAUAUAAGUUUGAUGUGAUUCCUGAAAACCCAGUUUCUCUAGUUACAGAAAAUCCUUGGCCUGCAAUGUGGUUGCUAAAUAAGAUUUCAAGCAUGAAUCCAGUACCUAUGGAAUUUAUGGAAAUAACUCACCCUAGAUUUGUUCAGCCUAUAUUCUUGCAUUCUCUAUCAGCAAACACAUUGGAAUUGAAGCUUGACUCUAUAAGAAUUUUGAAUAAGAUUAUAAGAGAUCAGAAAGGCCCAUUGCUCAAAAAUAUUCUUAAGAUCUUGGUUGCUCAAGCAAAUGAGCUUCAUAAUGCUGUGAGCUCUAAAAAAGUAGAAAAUAGUUUGAUGCAAGCAACUGCAAGGCUGUUAGAAGAUGCUUCACAUAAAUUCCAACUUACUGGAGAGGAGCCUUGGUUUAUGGAAUUUUGUGAACUUGUUUCUGAUAUUAAAGGUCUAAGCGAAAAAGAUGGACUGCUAGAAACUUUCUUAUUCGAAUCAUUUAAGAAGAGCGUUACUUGCAACAUCGGAAGAACUUAUGAGUCCAAACACCCUUAUAUCAGACAAACCACAAAAGAAUUCAUCCAAAUUCCUGGUGCUUCCUUUAUUAGUAUAGUCUUCAAUUCAAAUUCAAGUUUUGACCCAAGAGACACAGUUAUUUUCAGCUAUGAUGAAUAUGGUAAGAAAUUAGUCGAAGAAAAUAAAUUUGAAACAACAACUACGAGAUGGAGAAAAGAACCUUGUGGAAAGAAAGUCUCUUUUUCAGAAGGAACUUCCAAAGUUACCAGAGUCAAAGGAAGCGGAUGGGGCAACGCAAUUUGGUCUGAAAAUUACUCUGAAGGCACAGUGAGUAUCAAAUUCAAGAUAGAAUCUGAUGGAGACUCUGAGUAUUGGUACAUUGGAGUUUAUAGGACUGCAAAAGAUGCCGAAUAUUAUGACCUAAAUGAGUACAUAGGAUGCUACUGUCCUCAUGAUGUAUGGAGUUGGAAAAGAACUGGUGAAUUUCACAAGAAAGGGUGGUUCAAAGAUGGGUUCGAAGGAUUUAAGGAGGGAGAUGAAAUCACAAUGUUUAUUGAUAUGAGCUUAAGAGAACUGACUUUCUUCAAUGGAACUCUUGAAGUCUUCAAGUUCACGGGGAUUGCUUCUUCAGUCACUCCAGUGGUCUCCUUUGGUGCUUUAAAUCAAGUCAUUACUGUGCUCAGUGUUGAAAGAACGUCUGGGUCAAAACCUCUUUCUGAAAGAAACUUAGAUAUUAUAGGAGACUCAGUCUAUUAUUGGAUUCCAGUUCAUAAAACUGCUAUAUCGUCAAUAGGUGUAUAGUUUGCAAGAAAUAGAAUAGUUUAAAUAAUAGUCGUUCAUUAUUAGCAAAUCUUCUUGAAAUGGUAUAGUAUCAAGCACGCAUGGGACAGCAACCAGAAAGGAGCUGCACUCAACGCGGAUAAAACAACUGUCACAAAGUCAACAAGUGAUAAAAGUUACCAUGAAACUGAAGCUGAAAUGAGACACGGCAAAUACUAUAUCGAAGUCUCUGUUGAAUCCAAAGGAUCUGUAGGUGUUGGCUUUACCAAGAAGAGCUUAAUCAAUGCGAACACUAUUGAAGGAAAUGAGCAAACAAUAAUUUAUUAUAAUAAUGGAAAAAUUAAUAACGCAGACAGCGUGAGCUAUGACCAAAACGACAUCAUUGGGAGCUAUAUCGACUUUGAUAAAAACGAAAUUGCCUUUUAUAAAAAUGAUGAAUUGCUAAACACUGUCCAAGUGGCUCUUAAUAUCGAAGACUCUGAAGACUGCUUCAAAUUUAUUGCUGCUUUAUCGGAACAAAACCAAAACUUAUCAAUCUGUAAUACAGGAAAAUACCCUGCUGGUGUUGAUCUUAUGAGAAUUGACUCUGAAGAAGAAACUGAAUUCUGGGGCUAUCAGUUCUCCUUAACACCUAAUUUCAAAGGAAGAAACACCAAAUUUAUUGAUUCCUAUUUGAGCUUUGCAUCAGCUGUAGACAGAGAAAAUUGAAGAGAAAACUACAAGCCUACUUAUUCAAAAUUUUUCAAAGAUGGCAUAGCACAGCAGUUUAUUGAAUUCAUGGAUGGCUACCUAGACGCUAAUUCAAUUAGUUUCGACAGUAUGUUGAGCAACACUUCAUUGAGUAUUUCUCCAGAAGAGUUAAUAUAUUAUCCAGACUUACAAAAAUUAUCAAAAGCAAAGCUGUUUAAUUUGAAAGAAAUUUUGUUUAGCUUCUGCUCAAGAUUCCAAAAUUACUUUUAUCUGUUCGAUUUGCACACUGAAGCGGACGAGCUAGAAAACUCUCUCAUGAAGUUUAUUAAGAAGGCCAAGUAUUAUUUAUUAUCAAGAUUCAAGAAGGAUAAAUUGAAAAACCAUCUUGAUGAGUCUAAAACUUUCUGCAGAAUUGAAAUUACUAUCGAUAAAGCUAAAGCACAAAAAAUAAAAGCUAAAGGGGAUUCUGAUCAUUUCGCAACUUCUUCAAUGUUUGGUCAAAUAAGCAGAGCCUUGGAAGCAGCACCAAAUAAAACUCUUUGAAAUUAUCAAAAAAUGUUUAAUUUUGCAUAUAAGCUAGAAGGAAUUCAAGAAUUUGAUAGCAUGUAUAAUGAAUUAUUGACAGAACUUUCUAAAGAGCUUCAAUCUUUAUUACUUCCACUUUUGAUCCCAUCUCAAAAUAACGUCCUUAAUGUUGGCAAUGGAAGAGAUAAUUGAAUGAUAAAUCCAACCUCCACUCUCCCAGCUCAUAUGCACCUAUUCGCCACUCUUGGAAAAUUCUUCGGUUCUACAAUCCGUACAGGAAAAAGGCUGAGACUUUCACUCCCUAUUAUUUUAUUUAAACAUCUUCUAUACGAAAACGUCACAACUGAAGAUUUAAGAGACUUUGACUUUCCACUCUACAAGUUUUUGCAUAAAUUAAGAAACCUUGAAGCCUAUGGAAUUACUUCUGAAAACUUCGGUCAGCAUAUUUCUGAGAAGUUUAUAGUAAAAUAUGGUGAAGAAAUUGUGGAACUUUUUGAAGACGGAGCCAAUAUUGACGUAACUUUUGAAAAUGUUGGCUACUAUGCUGAUCUAUUAGAGAAGCACAAAUUAUUUGAAAAUCCUAAAGCUUAUGAUUCUAUAAGGAAAGGUAUGGCUGCUGUUAUUCCUAUUGAUAAAUUGAACCUAUUCACAGCUGCUCAACUACGUGAACUCAUAUGCCUGAAUCAAGAAGUCAAAUUAGAAGUCUUAGAAGAAAACACUGUUUACGAGAAUUGCUUAAGAACAGAUCCGCAUAUUGAAAACUUCUGGGGAGCAAUUAAAUCAUUAAAAGAUAAUGAGCGUGCCAAAUUUAUUGACUAUAUUGCUAGAAGGUCUAAGCUUGUUGAGUGGGAUUGGCCCCUUAAAUUCACAAUAGCCAAGCACAGUAAAUCCGGAGCUGUUAAUGCAUUGGUUCCUAUUAUCAACAAUGUUAUAUUCAGACUUGAGCUGCCAGCUUAUACAUCUCCAGAAAUCAUGAAAGAGAAGAUCGUAUUUGCGAUUUCCCACAAUAGCAAGUUUGAUUCUUUAGACAUUAACAUUUAA